UCGGUCAACUCCGUCAUUUAGUGGUGUUCGAAACGUCGAUGUGUGUGGAAGUGAAGUUUAACUUGUCUAACAUACUUAUCUCUAUAAAAUAACAAUAACCUAAUAACUAAAGUACAAUCUCUUAUUUCAACGUGCUUGAAUAGACAUUUUACGUGACAUUAGUUGUUCAAAUAGAAACAAAAAUGUGUGAUAAUAACAAUCCUUCGACCCAAAGUAUAGCGGACUACUUAGCUCAGUUGCUCAAAGACAGGAAGCAACUGGCCGCGUUCCCGAAUGUUUUCAUGCACAUGGAACGACUUCUGGAUGAAGAAAUAGCAAAAGUACGAGCGAGUCUAUUCCAAAUAAAUGGCGUUAAGAAGGAACCACUUAUUCUACCAGAAGCAGAAGGCAUGGUCACAACACUCACAGAAAAAGUAUACGUGCCGGUCAAAGAACAUCCAGAUUUCAACUUCGUGGGAAGGAUUCUGGGGCCCAGAGGUAUGACAGCUAAGCAGCUAGAACAGGAGACAGGCUGCAAAAUCAUGGUCAGAGGCAAGGGAUCCAUGAGAGACAAGAAGAAGGUGAGCAUUACUGAGGACGCGAACAGGGGUAAGCCCAACUGGGAGCACCUGGCGGACGACCUGCACGUGCUGCUGACGGUAGAGGAUACCGAGAACAGGGCCAAGCUGAAGCUCGCCAGGGCCGUCGAUGAGGUUAAGCGUCUACUUAUUCCCCAAGCGGAUGGCGAAGACGAAUUAAAGAAACGUCAAUUAAUGGAAUUGGCCAUCAUCAACGGCACCUACCGCGACUCCAGCGCGAAAGCCGUUGUGCCUGUCAACGGUCAGUGCCUCAUAAGUGACUUCACAGCGGACGAGGAAUGGCGUCGCGUUGCGGCCGCCGCGGCCGAGACGCAACGACUGUUGGCGCCAGGCGGUGGCGUGGGCGGCGUGGCCCUGCGCACGCAGGCCCCGCUCGGGGCCCCCCUGAUUCUGUCCCCGAGGAUGUCCGCGGGCCACGGCGGCCAGGCCGGCCUGCUCAACGGCACCGGCGCAGGCGCCGCGGCCGGCCUGCUGUCCCCGGGCGAACCGUCGCACCAGCUCAUCUACGCGUCCCCCUACGCCGACUAUGCUAACUACGCGGCCCUCACCGCCGCCGCCGCCAACCCGUUACUCACUGCGGAGUACGCCACUACUGACCAUACGGCGUCGAGAUACCUACUUGCUGGCUUUUGACAUUGGCCGCAAACGCAUCAUCAGUCCGCCAUAAGAUACGACCGCCACCACGCGACGUAUCGACCUCCGCAACAUUAUUGACGUCCUUUGUAAACACCACUUGCCCCAGGACGCACUCUUACAGUCAUUUAAAAGCCAUGAUCAAUCUAGGUUAAGCUAUAUCUGUUAAGCAAAACACUACACCACAAUCAUUUUGUACCUACGAUGAUGUUAUAACUAUGUCAAGUUUUGAAAGCUUUGUUUCUUCGACGGCUGUUUGUACCAGGUUUACAAAAGGUAUUUUUCGUAUUUGAAAAAGCAGAGAUAUAUUUAUUUAUAUACAUUAUAAAGGUUUUUUAAAUACCUAUUUACAAAUUAAUAUAUUUCAAUUAUUUAUUACUUAAUAUUUACGUUUUUUACAUACUCGUCUUGUUAGGAUAGGUGGAUGGCAGAUGACGUAACUGUUUUAAAAAUAGACAAUACUUAAUUUUACUGAUAAGUUGAACUGCCAACAAAAAUCUUAUUAGUUACCGAUGUAUUUUAACAAAGAAGUAGAGUUUUUAUAUUUAUUUGUUUAUUUCGUUAUAUUUUUUUUAUAAUGAUAGUCAUAAUAAAACCCGUCAUUUUAUCAUCUUGUGAUAACCCUUGCUUGUAACACCACUAAUUAUAUUAACAUACUGUAAUGUUAAUAGGUAUCCAAUUUUCUUUGAGUUUUUAGACUUUUACUAAUACGUGUUUAAACUGUCACGACUUUAGCCACACUCUAGUGCCAUCAUGCAUGCUGUUUUGUCGUGUCUACACUCCGCUCGAGCCAUACUCACCACUUAUCUCUGGAACUCAGAAUAAGUUACAAAUAAGCAUCAGCUAAUUACAAGCAAAAGGGACCAAAAUAUGUUAUUUGAUUUUAUUUACAAAACAAUAUUUUAAUUUUAACUUUAUAACACACUUACUAAUUUAAUACUACGAACAUAUACAUUUCGAUCAAAAAUGAACAACACUCUAGGCGGUUCUAAAUGUUAUAAAUGAUGUCGUAAUUUAUUAUUUUAUUAGCCAUACUUAUAUUUAUAAACAUACCAUAGGUUAAGUAUUAUUAUCUUUUAAAGAUUUAGAUAGGAUAGAAAAGAGUGAGCUUUAUGAAAAUAUCAUACCCGUAUUUUGUGUAGUUUUACAUGUAAUACAGUUGAUUGUAGAGUCAAUUUAUUUUAUUUAAAAUGAAAUUGCGAAGCCAGCCAUUACCUGUACCUUGACCGGGAAACGUUUACCCGAGAUGUUAUUAUUUUAUUUCCAAAGCACUAAAAAUAAUAGGUAAUAUGUAGGCGUAGGCAUAAUAUUAUAAAUAAAUUAGGGUUACUGCCAAACAAAAGCUUCGAUAAAAAUAGUAUUAUGUAGUUGACAAUGACGAGUAUUUGGCAGUGAUAGAUAGCUAUCAGAAAAGUUUAGCAUAUAAAUAUUUGAAUAUAGAAUAAUGAGAUUUUCUUUUCAGCAUUUAAAAUACGCAGAGCUUGAACCACUGAAAUUAAAUCGACUAUUAUCUAAUUAUCGCCAAAAAUUGCCUUAAAUAUCUAAUCAUGUUAAUUUUGUGAUAAAAAAUGGAUCUUGGCGAUUCUGUUUAAGUACCUACCUGAUACAAAUGAAUGUACCUACUAUAUAGUUUUCAUAAUAAAUGAUCACGUUUUCAAGCUCUGAUGUAAUGGUGACACAGAUGAUUUAUAUGAAUAUGCCGCUAGGUGUCGUGCGACGGGCGGGUCGGCUCGCGCAAGUGAGGGAGCACCCUUACCAACGCACAGCCUUACCGGCGCCUUAAUUCCCGCCAAAACGCUCUCACGCCGCCAUUUUGUUCACAAGGUGAGAAGCGCACCCACGCAUGCUGUGUACGACGAGUAUGCUUGCUUGUUACAAAUUGUGUUGAUAGUAGAUUUUAACUAUUGCUGUACUGUGGGUAUUGCCUACAUGCCCAUAGUAAAUUUUACGACUACGACUAUUUAGGUAGCUCUAGAUGGAAGGUCUUUUUUCUUUCUCUGAGUAAAACUUUGACAAGCAAUCAUAUUCUCAGUAAUGAAUGCGUGAGUGUAUUUUGUUGUCUCUCUGUGUCUCUUAUAAUAUUUGUUGUGUACUUAUUAGGUACGUUUUUAUUAUUAGUUCGAUAAGGCCUUUUAUCCGUAACUUCACAUCGGGUUGAAGAGUCCCUGCAUAAUUUGGAAACUGUGAUUUUUAUAUUUCUUUUUAUAGAUUUUUAGAUCUGUUACAUGUUGUGUUGUACGACAUUAUUAUGAGUUAUGAGUAUGCACAAGGCAUUAUAAUAAUGUAUUUUCUUUUUUAUUUUAAUGUAUGUUGUAAACAGCAGUAUUACCAAAUUUAUUAUACUCUUGUUGUUGUUUAUGAAUGCUGUUGUUGCAACAGACUAGGUACCACAACAUGUGCUUCUGAAGAGUCAUGUAUCUUUACAUUUCAUAUAGAUAAAUAAAGGAAAGGAGGAUUUAAUUUUGUACUCAUUCAAAUGAAUAAUAUUAUACUAGCCUUUUUGAAAUCUGAGUAGGUUGCUAAAUGUAGGUCACGAGGUGCUACUCCGGGUUGUGAAAUCCUUCUUUUCUGAAUUUCGCCCAGUAUUAGUCAAAGGAAAGGGUAUUUUCAGAAUCGUGCCAUCAGUCCAGUAUUAACAAAACGCCCCUCCUUUGACUUGACAGAUUCUUAAUCAUCACAACUUUCUUAGUCAAUUUAAGAUUUUUAUAUGAAAUUUUUAAACUAGUUGUUUCUAUUUUGCCUAGGUAUUUUAGGAUAUAUUUUAUUUAGGUACUUUCUUAUUAGAAAGUGUUUAUUAUUGCACUUGUGUCCUUGUGGAUUAUGAGGCAUACAAAUGCCGUUAAUACGUAUUUUAAAGCUUCUUUUUUAAUAAAAUGAAUUUUUGAUCAGCAUAUUUUUUUGUAUUGAAGUGUAAUGUUUCUUUGUAAAAUAAUUGUUCCAGUUGUUGAUUGUAAUUAAAUGCAUUUUCAGAACGAAUACAUGCAAUAAAUUGUCUGAAAUUUAAAAUAAGCGUUUUCUUUAUAUUAGUUUAUAUAGAUCCGCGGUAAAAUUGUCUUAACGUGCUUUUGAUGAUAAGUCAAUAAAGUUGAUGACGUGCAAUCAUUUUGGACAGUUGUAGCCUCACACGACUAACAUGCAACUCCACAAGGCCAAGUUCCCGUUUGUGAAAUAAUAAUAAAGUGCACUUUCAUAACUGCUACCGCCACUACUUGCAGAUUAUUUGUAACUACAUAUGUAUUUAUAUUAUAUGAGUAACUAACAUGCAAAUAUGUAACGAGAUUGAUAUGUUAUCGUAAAUUAUUAACAUUAUGAGAAUGCUACAUACAAUAUAUUGAGAUGUUACAGUGAUGUUAUAAAUAACUACAUACUUGCAGUUGGGUGCUAUGGUUAUAUAAUACCUAAGUGGUAUAUAAAAUUUAUUACUUAUGCUUGUUUGUUGGAGUAAUGUUUGAUGCAGCGAUUGAAUUAAUUUCAUACUUCGGUUUCAAACAUUACUCUGUUGGGAACUAUUGGGCAUUUUAAUCCUAUAUUGUAGAAUUUACUCGUAUCAUUAUCAUACUAAAUUAAUUUAACAUUUCAACCAUUAACUGCGUAAACUAAUAGUACCUAUCCGAUGUGUAAUAUAAUUUUAUUAACUGGGCAAUAAUCGGAACUUAAUGUCGCGGCGCGAAUGCCUGAUAGACUCCCCUUGACAUUUUUAUCAGAUUACGUACAAUUUUAUUUAAAAAAAUCCGUACCUACACAAGUCAUUAUCAAUCCGAGUUAACGGUUUACCGCUUUUGUUGCAUCUCUGCAUGUCGAGGCGAUCCCUUUGAGCUUGUAAUACCAUGGAAUUAUAAAGAUAAUGUAUCGAAUCGAGUUCACCUAACAUCGCCCCAUUCGGUUUGCGCAGUGCAACGUCAGCGUCCGUUGGACCCGGGAUUGGGGCUACUCUUGUAGUCGAACCAUGACAUUUCGAUCGAUACUAACAUUCUGUUUUUCUCUCUUCUCGUUAACCCGGCUAGGAGAGUGCUAACGGCGCAGAGGGACUAACCGGAGCCGCGGCCGGUGCUGCCGCCCUCGCCGCGUAACAUUAUCAUCGGAACAUCGACCACCAUGUAGCUAUAACUGUUGGGCCUUUCACGUUAACAUAUACUAUGUAUUAUAAUAGUCUAACUAUUAACAUUUAUCUGCCUGUUAUGUUUAUAACAUGAUGAACUUUAUUAACAUUUUUAAAAUGGCACACGCCCUCGACUAUAUUUACUAUUUCUGUAACUUAAUUGUAUUUUUGUUGUCGCUUGAAUGUAUUGUUGUUUAAGCACGAUUUGUUUUAGGCUGCCCCGUACUUGCGGUGCUAAAUUUGUUGACUGUCAAACCGAAGACGCCUCAGGUAUUGUGUCACUAAAUGACUUAUUUCUAUGCAUUUUACUAUACACUUACUUUUCGAAGACUGUCGCGUAUUUUGUAUUUUGUUUGAAACUAAUUUAGCACCGUACAUUUUACUAUUGAAAUAAAACUGACUCAGAAUUACAAGGUACUUGUAUCUUGCAAUUAAGUAAUCUGAGUGAACCUAAUUACUUAGGUACAAUACCAUUAUUGUUCUUCUUUGGAAUAACAACGGAUAUCCACCAAUGGAGUGAAAUAAAUAAAUUGAGAUUGCCAUUUUGUGCAGUCCAGUUGGCGUGGCACAAUCAAACCAGAUACAUGUUUUCAUUUGGCUAAUUCAAAAGCUAAUGUAAGUACCAUCCGCUUUAAAUGCAUCAAAUAAUACUUUUGGUGUGACUACUUACAUGGCGGGACGAACUCAUAUUUUACGUCAAUACUCUAAAGGUAAAUGAUGCUCUUGCUAGCGUUUCUUUUAAUACGUUUCAUUGCUUUGCAUUAUAAACAUUAAAAUUAUUUAAAAUGUUGGACUGAUAUUCGAUUUAUAGUCUAAUAUAAAUAGGAGAUUUU